UAGUGAUAGUAGUAGUACUUAUAGUGUAGUCUUUAAUUAUAGGUAGUUUAAGGCGCCCCCCUUCGCCAAAGCUAUAUAAAAUGGCGCACUUAACCCGGAAGAAGCUGCAAAUCAUUACGAAACCUAAAAGGGGCGAGUCGAGUCUAGAAGAAAAUGUCGGGCGAACCCCUGUGACAAACAGUAGUAAUAAAAGCACUUCCAAGUCCACUGUCUGGCGUGUACUCGCUCCUUUUGUACGGGUUACUAAAAAACCCAAAGAAUUUGAUGAUGAGCAGUUUAGCUUUUACCUCAAGAAAAAGCCGGAAGUUCUUCUGCGCGAUCUUUCUACUUUUAUGUCCGAUAGUGUAGACUUACCGUCGCUCUUCCACGAAACUUCUGAUGUUCUCAAAAAGGUCACUAAAUCCGCAUGGGUCUCGCUCUACUUAGUCGACACAGCUACAAAUGAAAUCUAUCAGAGCGCGAAUGUCCUCACCAGAGAAAGACACAAAGUCAGGUGGAAAAUCGAAGACCAAUCGUUCGUUGCUACGUACGUAGCAAAGAACAAAGAGUACGUUCUGGUGAAAGACAUCCUUUUGGAUAUUAGAUUUCCAAACGGAGUAGGCUAUGAUGAUGGUACGUUCCCUAAAUCCGUGCUGUGCAUCCCCAUUGUCACUCCAUCCGGCGACUGUUUCGCCGUUCUCGAAUUCGUCCGCACCAUAGACCAGAAACCAUACCAAGAAAACGACUUAAAAAUUUGCGUCAUGGUGUCAGCAUGGAUGGGCGUGGCCAUCCACCAAAACCAAGAAAGGUUAGCGCUUAAAAGGCAACAAGAGCUUAACGACUACCUCCUAGACCUCAUAAAGUGUUACUUCGAAGAUCACGUAAUCAUGGAAAAACUGAUGAGCGAAGUUAUAAAAUUCGCGAAAAUAACCCUUGGUGCCGAACGAGGUUCCUUCUUCAUCCUCGACAAAGACAGUGACGAAAUGGUGGCGCACCUCUUCGACGAAGACUGCGACUCGGACUCGAGUCCAAGCAAAAAAGUUCGAUUUUCCAAAGACCGAGGGAUCGCCGGUCUGGUGGCACAAACGGGCAUCACUGUCAACAUCAAAGACGCCUACAAAGACAGUCGAUUUAACAAGGAAAUUGACCAGAAGACGGGUUUCAUUACGCGAUCUAUUCUGUGCAUGCCGGUUGUAGGAGCGAAGGGAGUUUUAGGUGUAGUUCAAGUCGUCAAUAAGAAGAACGGGGGCUGUUUUUCGCAGGCCGACGAAACUUUGUUCAAAACGUUUUCGCUUUAUUGUUCUUUGGCGAUGCAUUACACGGACGUUCACACACAAACUGUUAAGCAGAAACACUUAAACGUUAUAAAUUUGCGUGCUGUACAGCUACAGCAGGUGCCGUGUAUUCACGACUUUACGUAUUUUACAGAACAACCGAAGGUUUCAAUGCCAGUGGAUUUUGAUAGUUUUAGUUGGUACAUUCCACAUACGAGCGAAAUGGCGUUAGCCCCACAAUAUAUUCUUUACAUAAUAACGCAGCUUAUCGACGUGCGGGACAUUGAUUUUGACACGCUGUAUAAAUUUAUUUUGACCGUGAGAAAAUUGUAUCGAGAUAUUCCUUACCACAAUUUCGAACAUGCUUUUAAUGUGUGUCAUUGUAUGUAUGUUAUUCUUAAACGGAACUUGAUCAGAUUUACAAAAUUGGAGGUAAAAGCCUUGUUGACUGCAUGCAUCUGUCACGACUUAGACCACGUGGGUUUAACUAACAGCUUUUUGCCAAUAAUUCAUCACGAUCUGGCAGUGCUGUAUGAAUCGUCAAUCCUCGAAAAUCAUCACUGGCAGAUGACUUUAAGGCUGCUGAACCAGCACGCUAUAUACAAGAAUUUCAAUGAAACUACAAGAAGGAUCUUCCUUAAGGAAAUACACAAGGCGAUUAUAGCAACAGAUUUAGCGCUGUAUUUCGAAUGCAAAAGCACCUUAAUCAACAUAAUCAAAUCGAAGACCUUCACUUGGAGUAAUAAGGCACAUCGAACUAGUGUUAAAUCGGUAAUGAUGAAUGCUUGCGAUCUGUCAGGAAACUGCAAACCCUUCUUGGCUGCCAAAAAGAUUACGGACAACCUUUACCGAGAAUUUUACCGUCAAGGUGAUCAAGAGAAAGAAAUGGGUACGUGUCCUCUGUCAGUGAUGGACAGAGACAAAGAGGACCAAAUUCCGGACGACCAGAUUAGGUUUAUGAAUGUCGUUGUCAUACCGUGUGUUGAUACCUUGCGUAUCAUUUUGCCGAAUACCAGAGAUCUCUACUUGGGAGCAUUGAUGUUGCGGUCAACUUGGCAAGAUAUUGUAGAUACAAAAGGGAAGAAAAUUUGGCGUCAAGAUGACUCCAUCGUUAGUACUUACAUGUAAGAAAUUGAA